GUAGGAAACAAAGACAAAAAUAUUCAUGCAGGAGAUUCCUAUACCGGGUCAUAUCUUUUAAAGGCGGCAUCUAUUCAUGAUUAUUGUAGAAGUUUUUACAAUCUUUGUGAUUCAAGAUCUGCUCGUGGUCCACCAGGACCUCCAGGUGUUCCUGUCGAUCGUGGUCCCCCGGGUCCCCCUGGACCACAAGGACCAAAAGGAGACCAAGGACAACCAGGUGAAAGAGGACCUCCCGGAAGAUUUGGUUUUGAUGGCAUCGCCGGAACCCCAGGCGACAAAGGUGAGCCAGGCGAAAAGGGUGACAGAGGCCUGAUUGGUUUUGAUGGUCAAAAGGGCGACAUUGGUUACCCAGGACCAAAGGGAGACAAAGGAAAUAUCGGUCCCAUUGGUGCAAGAGGAUCAAUCGGUCCACAAGGUCAUCCAGGUCCUGAAGGUGUGAAAGGACAUGUGGGAGAUGAAGGAAGACGUGGUAAGACUGGUAAGGAGGGGCCAAAAGGUGAUAAAGGCAACAAGGGCGUUGACGGUAUUCCAGGUGUACCGGGCUUCAAGGGCGAAACUGGGGUUACUGGAGAGCGUGGACCACCCGGAUAUGGUAUUAACUGUAUCUGCGAAAAAGGAGACAAGGGAGAGAAAGGACAAAGGGGUUUAGUUGGUUUUACUGGUUACAAAGGAGAUGAUGGAAUUCCAGGCCAAAAAGGAGAUCGCGGUUUUGGUUUGAAGGGAGAACAAGGACCGAUAGGCCCUCCAGGCAUUCCGGGUCUUAAAGGUCAGAAGGGAGACUGCGAUGUGUGGUCAAAAGAGAAAAAGGAAUUUCGAGUUGUUAACAUCGACCCAAAAGAUGGUAGCAACAAUCAGCUAAAUGACAUACCGCAACAAGAUUAUCAAGCUCACGAAGAUGGAAUUAAACAAUCAACCGGUCAUGGAUCACGUGGAUCAAGAUCAAGUGGAACUAACUCUGUCAACCAUGCUUCGAGGACUAUAUGUUCAUUGAUACAAUACAUGAUCAUGUUUCUUCUACACUUGUUCUCACAUCAAAGGAACUUCAGUUUUCAUAACUGAAAACAACAGAAUUGCGGAUCGAUCGGUACAAGAAUUGUGAAAGGAGGACGAAAAAAUAGUUUUGUGAAAAAAAAAAUAAGAAAAGAAAGAAGUAAUGCUUAUAUUGGAUGUUUACAUGUAAAAAGCGGAAGGAAAAUGUUGUUACUAAUAUUAUAAAAAAUGCAAGAAUUCCUGGGAGAUUACUUGCACAAUGUGCAUAAGUUAUAUUGAAGGUUAUUUGAUACUCUUUUGCUCAUUUCAGAUGUUUAUGAUUUCUCGGCAAUUAGUUGAGAAAGUCUUUUUUAUUCAUAUUAAUUUAUGUAAAUUGCAUCUUCAUAUAAAAUGGUGAUUUAGCAUAUAUCAUGCAGUAUUGUGUGCUUAUAAAAUGUUUUAUCAACUAACGGUGUAUUGUUGAAAUGAUGUCAUGAAAAUAUUACUCAGAAUAAGAAGUUGAUCAGUAAUUUCACGUAAAAUAAAAACUGUUAUGUUAAAUUAAGAUAUUUGUUUUAUGCAAGUCAUUAAACAUGUAUAUGUGUAGCAUCUUUAGACUAGGAUUUCACGAUGCAAUGAAACAAUGGAGCGUGUUCAACAUUCUAUCAAAGGAAGUUGAACGCAAGUUGCGAUGUCUGUGAUACUUUGUAUUUAUCUAUAUACAUGUAUAGUAAUUUCCAAAAUUCCAUAAUCUUAUUUUAAUAUAUUCAACAUGCUGCAGAAAAGGUACUUUACAUUAUUUCAUCAAAUCAAACAUGUAACCUAUCCCGUUCAGUUAAAUAGAUAUGUAAGUUUUCAGACAUAACCAUCCUAGACAUCAUGAUUUAUAUCAAAAGAGGAAGUAUGUCUGACUUUCAAACAGCAGCAAAUGAAAACAACCUUAACAAAUUAUAAAAUAUCUCAUAGACGAAAUAUGUUGAGUUAAGAAGAGAAAUAACUGGGAAAACACAUUAUACGUAUUUACAUUUUGGAACCAUGCUAAACUAAGAAACAAAAUGAAGAUAGAAUGGGAAUGGCGGCCUGGCCGAGUGGUAAACGCAUCGGACUAGUAAUCUAGACCGCGUGGAAUCAA